CACACACACACACACGCGCGCGCGCGCGCGCGUGCACGGGGACUGCGAGGGGAGCCGUGAAUCAAUAGGAAGCGGGUUUCGUGUUUGACUACUGGCAGCCGCGCUGCCUGCGCCCAACUUCAGCCUCCCGCGCCGCUCCCCAUGCCGCGCGCUCCCUCCCGGGUGCAGUAAGGCGCGGGGCCCCGGCGGCGGCGGCGCUCGCUCCCUUCCAGCGCGGCGCUGCCCGUUUCUCCCCUGAAGUUGGCUCCAGCCCUAGCAGCCGCAUUGGAUCCCACAGCGUACUGCGAGACUCCGGUGUACAACCCGGAUCUCUGCCCCAACAUGAUCGCGGCCCAGGCCAAGCUGGUGUACCACCUCAACAAAUACUACAACGAGAAAUGCCAAGCCAGGAAAGCUGCCAUCGCCAAGACGAUCCGCGAGGUCUGCAAAGUGGUGUCGGACGUGCUGAAGGAGGUGGAGGUGCAGGAGCCGCGCUUCAUCAGCUCCUUGAACGAGAUGGACAAUCGCUACGAGGGCUUGGAGGUCAUCUCCCCCACGGAGUUCGAGGUCGUGCUCUACCUCAACCAGAUGGGGGUUUUCAACUUCGUGGACGACGGGUCGCUGCCGGGCUGCGCCGUGCUGAAGCUGAGCGACGGGCGCAAGAGGAGCAUGUCCCUCUGGGUGGAGUUCAUCACGGCGUCCGGCUACCUCUCGGCCCGCAAGAUCCGCUCCCGCUUCCAGACGCUGGUGGCCCAAGCCGUGGAUAAAUGCAGCUACAGGGACGUGGUAAAGAUGGUGGCGGACACCAGCGAAGUGAAACUGCGGAUCAGAGACCGAUACGUGGUGCAGAUCACUCCGGCUUUUAAAUGCACGGGGAUCUGGCCGCGCAGUGCUGCCCACUGGCCGCUUCCCCACAUCCCCUGGCCGGGACCCAACCGGGUAGCAGAGGUCAAGGCUGAAGGGUUCAACCUCUUAUCGAAGGAGUGCCACUCGCUGGCCGGCAAGCAGAGCUCCGCCGAGAGCGACGCCUGGGUGCUGCAGUUCGCGGAAGCGGAGAACAGACUGCAGAUGGGCGGCUGCAGAAAGAAAUGCCUCUCUAUCCUCAAAACCUUACGGGACCGUCAUCUGGAGCUGCCGGGCCAGCCCCUGAAUAAUUAUCACAUGAAGACUCUGGUUUCAUACGAGUGUGAAAAGCAUCCCCGGGAAUCGGACUGGGACGAGUCGUGCCUGGGGGAUCGGCUCAACGGGAUUUUACUGCAACUCAUCUCCUGCCUGCAGUGCAGGAGGUGCCCGCACUACUUCUUGCCUAAUUUAGACCUGUUUCAGGGCAAACCUCAUUCCGCCCUGGAAAACGCAGCCAAACAGACGUGGCGACUGGCUAGGGAAAUACUCACCAACCCGAAAAGUUUGGAAAAACUUUAGAGGGGAAUUAAAAUAUGGGCCUAGCCAAUUCCGUCUCCUCCUUUCCUGAUGAAAUCGAAGCUUCCUGUUCGAAAAGGCAAAUACUUCCACUUGACAAUGCAAGUACGAUUCUUUUGCAAAGGAAUAUAGAUCGCUUCGGCUCUCCGCCAAAAGCAAACACAGAUCAGCGAGUGAGGACUCCCGUCUUCAUCACCCUUUUGCAGCCCCUUCUCUUGAAAGCAAAUGUCCGGUAACACCUGGGAAACGGAUCGGCCGCAACUGAACACGAUCGUGACCACUCUGCCCAGAAACGGCACCCCUGGAUUAUAACAAACCCUGGGCUUUUUUAUGUCAUCCCUCUGUGAGUAAACACUAGUCGGAUCUGCCACCUGAACAAACUCUAAUGUACCUUUUAAUUUGUAUCAGAUAUUGUGAUCUCACAUUGUCUUUGAAAUUGUGGAUGUUUGUGUUUUGUGAUUUGGUGAACAGAAGUUAAAUUGCCAUUUUGGAUACUUCAGGACAUUUUCUGCUAAAGAAGAUACCAUUUAAAAAGGUAGAUUUUAUCACGGUACUUUUGUUAAUUGUCUUUUGAAGUGUCUGAACUUAAAAGUUUACAUUUUUCGUUUCAUAUAUAUUGCUUGUUCUAUUUCUAACAUUCCAUAAAUAUACUUGAAAUGUUAUUUAAAUAUAUUCAAAAGAAAUUUGGAUUCUGCUUAUAUAAUAACGCUUGAAUAUUGGAAUUAUAUAUUUGAAAAAAUGCACUUGAAAUACACUGGAUAAUUACUUUUUGUGAUUUAGAUUUUAAUUUCUGUUGCCGAUUUUAUUUAAUUACAAGCUAAUAAAUGAAGUCAAAUAAAUAUGGGUAAGCGUUUCAGUCCUGGAUCAAGUUUUCCACUUAAAAAUCAGGUCGCUGUUAAAUUUUGCAAAUCACACCCCUCUGCUAGACCUUACUUCUAUCCAGAAAUGUAAAACCUAAGGAGAGCCCGCACAUUUCUCUUUUGAAUAAUUGGAGAGAGAGAAAAAAAUGGUGUUACAUACACACCGCAAUUUAACUCCCGAAGAGCAUCAGCAACUGUCAGACCUGAUGUGGUAAUUAACAGAGUAACACUCUUUACAGCCGUCAGAAAAUAAAUCCACUUUCGAAAGAUUUACUGUGCUGGGUUAAUUUUUCUGCACGGUUUUGAACAAUACGGAGGGAACACAACAUCACUAAAGCAAAGGCUGCUGAGUCCGAUUCUUGACAAAAAUCAGCAUUGUGGCUCAACUAAUAAUAAAAAAGAAAGUAAAAUGUUUAGGAGGAGGGGUUAAACCAGCACUAGUAAAGGAGAAUAUUACUUCUGAUCUCCAAGUUGGCUAUGGAUGCGGUCAGGCAGCGGCUGCAUUCAGACAUCAGCCCGUGUUCAGAGCAGGGGGAAUAAACAUCUGCAGCACUAACAACAGUGCCAGUGGUACAAGUGCCUGCGCUUGCUCCAACACACAACUAUUCAAAGCCUGCGCGUUUUUAAAGUACUCUGCAGAUUAACGGUGCAAAAUGCUAGAGACCAAGAACAAUCCCCCACGCACUCUGUUUAGUCCCUUAAUAGUCAACAAGUGCUGCAAGGGGAGAUCCAAUCUGCCUCUAUAAGGUCCACUUGUAAGAACACCCAGCGGGUGAAUUUUUGUGAAACCAUUUAAAAGGCAACGAGGUUUUCAGUCCAGCGAACCAACUGACCGAUGUCAGUAGAAAUCCCCCUUCAGUAGAAGCACCACCGCUUUCAAAGGCUUUACCUGGUUUGGGUUGGUUUGGCAGAAUUUAGGGAUUAUUUGCAGGGAAGGUUUUUGUAACCAAAAUGACUUGAACGGCUUUUUCAAUAAAAGGUCUCCUACGUUUCCCCUCUCCUUUCCUUGAGGAAACACUUAGAAGCUUGUCUCGAAAAAAAUAAGGGAGAAGAAAGCAGCAGCAUCCACAAG